AUGGCCAUGGCUUUGAGCUUGGGCGGUGGUGGUAGGAGGAGAUGGUCGUGCCGAGCAGCGCGCAGGGGGAACGGAGGGGCAGGCUGCCGCCAUUUCCACGUCCACUACCACAUCCCUCGCCAGGUGUGGGCAUUCUCGCCUUCCCGGUUGCCGCCUCGCUUCCUGCUGUUGCCUUAUCUGCUGAUCCUUUCGGUGCUUUUCUUGGCGGUGCUUGCCUUUCUCGUGUGUUUCGGCUGGCUCACCCUGGUCUAUCUUGCGUCGUCGCUGUGGAGCCGUAGCGUGGAUCGCGCCGGCGAUGCCAAUGAAUUUGGCGGAGAAGACGAACGGGAGAGACCUUUGAAGCUUGUGACAGAGCAUGAUGGUCAUUCUGGUCUCUCAGAAGUUUGUGUUGAAGGGAAGGAGACAAGAGAGGCCGAAGAUGGAGUCUCUGAGGAAUCUCAGCACAUAUCAAGGAUGGCUUCAACAGGUAUCUGUAUCACCGAUGACGAGGAGAAGAUUGUCAAAGAAGUGAUACUGCUCGAGAGAAAUUUGAAGGGGUCAAAAGCAUUUGCUGAGUUAGAUGGCUCCACAGAGAAGCAUGAUCAGCUGGUGGUAAUGGACAUUCCAGUUGAUUGUUUUCUCGACGAGCCUAACACCAAAGAGUUCAGCACCUCAAUUAAUGAUACAAUGAAAUUGCUUGAUGUGUUGUCAAUUGGUCAAGUAUUUGAUGCAGAUACGAAGGAAAUAUCAGUUUUGGGUUCAACGGAGAUUUUGAAAUUUAUUGACAAGCAUGAUACUGCAGAAAUACUAGUUAACGGUGCUGGGACUGAUUUUGUGAUUCCAGAGGUUACGUCUUCAGAUGAUUCAACUACCUAUGUCCUUGGAGACAAAUACAUGAAGGAGAUCAAACAAAAACAGAGCCCAGCAGAAUUAUCAGUUGACACUGUUCCUGAAAAGCUACCUGCAGACGUCACUGAUGAAUGGCAAGAAACACAAACUUUAGUUAUUGAGCAUAACAACAAGCAGCCUGAAGCAGCCUCCAAUGAAGAAUACAGAAAGCGGAUUGUUGGUAUUUCAGAUGAAUUUCAUGAUUCCGUAUGUGAAAUGGCUGGGUUGCCACUUGAUUCUGCAAGUGAAAAUAUAUCUGAAAAUGCAACAGCUUCAAAAACUCCGUUACAUCAAACAAACAGUGACAAAGAUACUGAACAUCAAGAAGACCUUAUUCAGAACAAGAGAGUGGAGUCAUCAACUUCUGCAUCUGCUGUUUGUGAUUUUGCUGACAGCCAUUGGCGAAUAAUAGAAGAACUUGAUGGCUUUGCAAAUGAAGAAAACGUUCACGAAGAGGGGACUUCAGUCCUUGAAACGGUACAAGAUGAGGAUGAGGACAUAGAUAAUUAUGCCUCCAUGGUUAGUACAAGCACAUAUACUUUAGUCAUUUUUUGCUAA